AUAAAGUAUAUAAACACUCGAUUGAGGAAAUUGACACCGUGGAAUAAAAGAAAAGGAAAUUGACCGAUUGUUGCUCUCUCAGAGAGAGAGAGAGAUCGAUGACUCGGGGAAAGCAGAAGAUCGAAGCGCAGAGGCGAAAUGCGGAGAGGAAUCAGAAGCCAAAAGGGUCUCAGUUUGAGGCCAGAGCCGUUGCUCUCAAAAUCAGCUGUCCAAUCUGCAAGGCGCAACUUGCAAAUGCAAAGCAACUUGCUGAUCACUAUGCUUCCAAACAUCCCAGAGAACAGCCGCCAGCUGAACCAGAAUGAUCCCUUUCUCAUGUGAAGAUGAUGAAAAAAGUAGUAAAAUAUCCUUGGUUGUUGCUGUUUUAGAACAAUGUAUUUCAAUAAAUUUGUUAUACAUCGACUUUUAUGAAAUCUCUCAACAUCCGUUCCCCUGUUUGUGAACCGUUGUAUGUCUAUGGAGGAUAAUUGAUGACAUUCUAUGGACUCUGUGAAAUGAUAGGUUCCCCUGCUUGUGAACCGUUGUAUGUCUGUGGAGGAUGAUUGAUAACAUUCUAUGGACUGUGAAAUGAUAGGUUCCCUACGAAGAGGCUGAUCUUGUUUUACCACCAGCCAAAAAAUUAUCAGUCUUCAAGUUUGCAGAAGUCUCUUGUCUUGGAGAUAAAAGCUUCUGCUCAGGGUGGCGCGCAAAUCAGUUCCUUUGCAGGGAGGACUUGAUCGCUAGCUAGAAAUUAAUGAAGCAAGUUAUUAGGACUGGGAGGAAUAGUUUUUUGUAUGGUUACGUAAUUCCACAAAUGACACCCAAUUAAUCUCUUUUUCUUCAGCCUGAACUCAGUUGGUCCUUUACUCCCGAGUUUUAGCAGUAGAUAGACGAAAAUGGAGGGUCCUUUGCCAUUCAAUUGUUGAGACAGGAUCAUGAGAUAAAUCUAAACUGAAGACCAAAUCAUAGGGGCUAUUGUUAAGUACUUAGGCAAGUCUACUGAAUUGUUGUGAUAGCCCGAAGAACAAACCAGUUGACUUACCAAACAAUAAUGGAGAACAAACCAGUUGACUUACCAAACAAUAAUGCUAGGUGAAUUACUAAAAUUGAGAAGAAACAGCUGCGGUGGAUUAUAUUACGUUAUCUUCAAUAGAUCCAUCAAGUGGUAGAUUAUAUAUUUCGAGUACAUAUCACUUUCGCUGUUACUGCAAUUUGGACUUGGCGCAAAUUGCAAUUUUUUAAGAAAGUCAAUAGCAACUCAAAUGGUUGUUGUAACUAAAAUAGAAUUUUAAUGUAUUAAUCUAUUCUUUUCGGCUUCUGUUCGCCCUUCUACAAUAAAAUUGAAAAGUAUUUGAAUAGGCGUUGAGCCUGUAAAAGCAGCAACCUACCUCUUUUGAAGCUCAAAACCCAGUCCUAGAGUGUCUACUAUUACUAUCCUAGUCUCCCAGAGAAAAAAGAGCCAAGCUGAAAAAAAAACAGAAAGAAAAAGAAGGAAAGGUGACAGAUUGGAGAAGCGAGACAUGGCGGAAUAUGCUGUUUCGACUGCUGUGAGAAAGCUCACAACUUGGUUGAUUGAAGAAGCAGUUCUGUUGAAAGGUGUGAGUGAGGAAGUUCAGCAUCUCAGAGACACACUGAGUUGGAUGCAAGGUUUCCUCGAGGAUGCUGAUGCGGUGCAAGAGAGAUCAGAAAGAUUUCAGGCUUGGAUGUCACAAAUAAGAGAAGUGGCAUUCGAGGCCGAGGUGGCAAUAGAAACUUACAUCAGCAAUACAGCAGCACGAAGUUCAUGGAGAAAAGUCCUGAAGCCAAUUCAUCUUUUCAAAAUCCGAAGAAAAAUAGAAAAGAUCCAGGCCAGGAUGGAGCACAUCUCCAAACAAAAGGAAAGUUUCGGCAUAACUAGCAUCAACAAUCAGGAAGGGGGUGAAGCACUGAUUUCAACAAAUGAAAGGUUGCGGUGGUGGAGACAACCGUCACCGAAUAUGCAGGAAGAUGAUUUGGUUGACCUUGUUGAAGACACUAAGGCGUUGAUAACACAACUGUCUACUAUGGGAAGGAGCCGUUGUGUUGUUUCUAUUGUGGGAAUGGGAGGUUUGGGCAAGACCACUCUGGCAAAGAAGUUGUACAAUCACCCUCAGCUUGGGAACCAAUUUGCUUGUAGAUCCUUUGUUUAUGUGUCUCAAGAAUACAAAAGAAGAGAGAUUCUACAAAAAAUCAUUGAAGAUGUAAAUUGUCCUCAUGAUAGAGGUGAUUUGGAGAAACUAAAAGAGGAGACGAUGGUUGAGAUGCUGCACGUGUUCCUGAAAGAUAGGAGGUAUCUGGUUAUUCUUGAUGAUAUAUGGAAAAAGGAGGUUUGGGAUGGUCUUAAAGCUGCAUUUCCUAGUGGGGAGAUGGGAAGUAAGGUGAUGGUCACCACUCGCUUUAGGGAUGUUGCUGUAUAUGCAGAUCCAAGGAGCAUUCCCUAUGAGCCGCGGAUGUUAACAGAACAUGAGAGCUUGGAACUGUUCCUCAAGAAAGCACUUCCGGGAGUGGAUGAUAUCCCCUCUAACUUGCAGAAACUUGGAAGAGAGAUGGUGGUUAAAUGUGGUGGUCUGCCUCUGGCAGUAGUUGUGCUCGGAGGAUUACUGUCCACGAAAAUGAAGACCACAGUGGAAUGGGAGCGCGUGCUUCAAAACAUCAGUUGGCAUUUGAUCAGUGCUCAAGAUCAAGUCUCCGCAAUCUUAGCCCUAAGCUACAUUGACAUGCCUAUCCAUUUAAAAUCAUGUUUUCUCCAUUUGGGUAUUUUUCCCGAAGAUUCCUCCAUAGAGAAAAUGUAUUUGAUUCGACUGUGGGUUGCAGAAGGAUUCUUACCACAACAAGGAGAAGAAAUCGAAGAAGGGGUGGCUGAAAAUUGCUUGAAUCAGUUGCUUGAUAGGUGCAUGAUCCCAGGUGGCAACGCGAACAUAUCUUGGCAGCGUUAAAACCAUUCGCAUCCAUGAUGUUCUCAGAGAUUUCUCUCUCACAAAGGGGAGGGAGGAAAAUUUUCUUGGAAUAUAUACGGGGGAAGAACGCGAAUUAUCAGCAUCCCACCACUCCACCAAGUCUCGAAGGCUUGCCAUCCACGCUGCACAUGAUGGGUACGCAUUUCUAAACCGAUAUACCCAUUUACGCUGCCUCCAUUUUUUCGGCGAGGUUGAUGAAAACAUAGACUUUACUCGCAAGAAUUUUAAGUUGCUGAGGGUCUUGGAACUAUAUUGCAAGAAACGUAGGAGGCGUGAUAGAAGGGGAUAUAGUGUAGUUGGGGACUUACUUCAGUUGAGGUUUCUCGGACUUAGAAGAGUAACUUAUGAUUCAAGUCUGUCAUCCUUGAAGAACCUACAAACACUUGAUAUGAGAUUUUGUGGUUAUUACGGGAUGUUCAGAGAGUUGAAGAUAGAGAAUCUAAGACAUUUACUCUUACCCGAACAGUAUCCAAUUGAUUUAACAUUGGGUACCAUGAUCCAUUUACAAACCCUAAAAGGCAUAGAGGGUGGAAAAUGGAUAGAAGAUGGUUUGGCCAAAAUGAUUAAUCUUCGACGACUGAAGAUAAGAACACUAUCACGAGAGGGGGUGACAUUAGUGAUUUCUAUUGUAGAAAGAUUAAUUGCGCCACCUUCAAUCGUUGUCGCUGACCAAUUAUGAAAUUGAAGAGGAAUUAUUUCCACCACUUGAGGGACUAUCUCAAUGUGACCAUCUUCAGAAGCUUCGUUUAUGCGGAAAGAUAGAGAAGCUACCUGAUGCAAAUGGAUUCCCACGAAACCUCGUAAAGCUAGUUUUGAUGAGAUCCAACCUUUGAAUCUUAGUUAUACUAGAGAGGUUGCCCAACUUAAAGAUGCUUUCCUUGGGGCACGGAUCUUACCCAUUCAGUGAAUUGGUUUGCUCCUCAGAAGGGUUUCCGGAGCUACAAGUUCUACAUUUAAUAUGGGAGGAGUUGGAGGUUUGGAAGGUGGAAGAAAGGGCACUGAAGAAGCUCAGGCAGCUAACGAUAGACCGUUGUUCACAAUUAAAGCAGGUGCCAGAAGGAUUGAAGUCAUUGACUACUCUACAGGAAUUAGAUAUUUAUGAUUCACCUGAGUUUGAACACAUGCUUCGAACCAAGGAAGACCUGAUCGAAUUCACAAAGAAACACUCGAUUAAAUUUGUCCAAGAACAUCGUGACACUAUGCGUUACUAUAUGAAAUGGUCUUCAUACCAUUAGUUUGGCAAUGCGACCCCUGAUCCUUAAUUUUGUUGAGGUAUAGAUUUAAAUUUAGCAUGUAA